CAGGACAACGGGCGUUGCCGGCGCCGUGUGACUCUGGGCUGUGGGCGCGCUUGUGGCUCUUCGGCCAUGGUUUUCUCAAAUAAUGAUGAAGGCCUUAUUAACAAAAAGUUACCCAAAGAACUUCUUUUGAGAAUAUUUUCCUUCUUGGAUAUAGUAACUUUGUGCCGAUGUGCACAGAUUUCCAAGGCUUGGAAUAUCUUAGCCCUGGAUGGAAGCAACUGGCAAAGAAUAGACCUUUUUAACUUUCAAACAGAUGUAGAGGGUCGAGUGGUGGAAAACAUCUCAAAGCGAUGUGGUGGAUUCCUGAGGAAGCUCAGCUUGCGAGGUUGCAUUGGCGUUGGAGAUUCCUCCUUGAAGACCUUUGCACAGAACUGCCGAAACAUUGAACAUUUAAACCUCAAUGGGUGCACAAAAAUCACUGACAGCACGUGUUACAGCCUUAGCAGAUUCUGUUCCAAGCUGAAACAUCUGGAUCUGACUUCCUGUGUGUCCAUUACAAACAGCUCCUUAAAGGGGAUCAGUGAGGGCUGUCGGCAGCUGGAGUACCUGAACCUGUCGUGGUGCGAUCAGGUCACGAGGGACGGCGUCGAGGCCCUGGUGCGGGGUUGUCGCAGCCUGAGAGCCCUGCUGCUGAGGGGCUGCACGCAGCUGGAAGACGAAGCUCUGAAACACAUUCAGAAUUACUGCCAUGAGCUUGUGAGCCUCAACCUACAGUCCUGCUCACGCAUUACGGAUGAAGGCGUGGUGCAGAUUUGCAGGGGCUGCCACCGGCUGCAGGCCCUCUGCCUGUCUGGCUGCAGUAACCUCACGGAUGCCUCCCUCACAGCCCUAGCCUUGAACUGCCCAAGACUUCAGAUCUUGGAGGCUGCCCGAUGUUCCCAUUUGACUGAUGCAGGCUUUACACUUUUAGCUCGGAAUUGUCAUGACCUGGAGAAGAUGGAUCUCGAAGAAUGCAUUUUGAUAACCGACAGCACACUCAUCCAGCUCUCCAUUCACUGUCCUAAACUGCAAGCCCUGAGCCUGUCCCACUGUGAGCUCAUCACGGACGAUGGGAUCCUGCACCUAAGCAACAGCCCUUGCGGCCACGAGAGGCUGCGGGUGCUGGAACUGGACAACUGCCUCCUCAUCACCGACGUGGCCCUGGAGCACCUGGAGAACUGUCGUGGCCUGGAGCGCCUCGAGCUGUACGACUGCCAGCAAGUCACCCGCGCGGGCAUCAAGCGGAUGCGGGCCCAGCUCCCUCAUGUCAAAGUCCAUGCCUACUUUGCUCCUGUCACCCCGCCGACAGCAGUGGGAGGAAGUGGACAGCGGCUGUGCAGGUGCUGUGUCAUCCUCUGACAGCAGCUGUCCAGCCGAGGGCUUCAUGAGGUGUCCCUUCCUCCCAAGGACCCAAGUCUUUCUGACGUACUUCACCAUCAUCCAAAUCUGUUGAUUCUCCAUUGGGAAAGGCAUUUACAGGUAAAAGUCUGCAGGGACUGCAGUAACUCUCCUGAUAGUUUUUACCUUUAUUCUGCUGUGAUGCAAUCAAUUUGAAGCCUUGUGUCAAUUAACACAGGGCAAGAGUGGUCAUAGUGCAGCCAGGACCAUGCAGGAAACCUGGAUCUCUAGAGGUGGGUGCCUCCCUAGGUACAAAAUUCCUGCCCUUGACUUUGUCAGCAUUCGUCAGACAGACCAUCAGUGUUAGCACAAAUUGAGCAGAAAAAUAAGCUGUUGAUUUUCUACCUGAUACUUCGGCCAGCGGCCUACUUUUAUUCACAACGAUUCCAUUUUGAUUAGCAGGACUUUUCCACUUUGAAGAUUAAAUAGCCACUUUAUCAAAGUGACUAUACUGCAAAUUCAUAAUGCCCGACAGUUUUCUAUGUAGCGACUUACGUGGAAGGCAAGUUACUAGGUUUCCAUGAGACACCAAAGAAUGAGGACUCUAAACAGGGUGGAGCAAGGUCUCCACCUUUCUGUUUCUGUCGACUUGUCAUAUAUCCUUUUGGGGACCAAAAACUAAACAAAAGCAACUCAGUUUGUGUUGCCUGAUUGGAGAUCGUAAGCUCUGGCGUAGGCUGUGGCACAUAAUGUGUUGUUGUUAUAGAAAAGCUAAUCAUGUCAUGUCUCACAAACUUUGGGGGACCUUAAAGAAACAGAAUUAAGGCUCAAGUUAUCUAUAACAUAAUCAAUUAAAAAUAAUGGAUGCAUGUAGAA